AUGGACGACGAAGGCUCCAUUGGCGCGGAGAUCAUUGAGGGACUCUUCAAGCAAGGUUACUUAGGAAUGGAAAUCGACGAGAAAUACGGAGGCAGUGGAAUGCCGUUUUUCAACUCCCUCGUCGUCAUUGAAGAACUCUCAAAAGUUGACCCUUCUGUCGCUGCUCUUGUCGACAUCCACAAUACGCUUAUAAACCGCGCGCUCACGCUCUAUGGCACUGACGAGCAGAAAGAAAAGUACCUGCCGCAACUCGCCUCCAGCAUGCUCGGUUCCUUUUGCCUGAGCGAGAGCGAGAGUGGAAGCGACGCUUUCGCCCUCAAAGCGACAGCUCGCCGCUCAGAGAAUGGCGAUGCGUGGGUUUUGAACGGCUCCAAGCAGUGGAUUUCCACCGCUCGUGAAGCGGGUCUCUUCGUCGUCUUCGCCAGCUACGACCUCGAUCAGGGUUACCGCGGCAUUACGGCCUUCCUGGUUGAGGCGGGGACAGCAGGGCUGGACGUGGGGCCUCCGCUGGAGAAGCUCGGAAUCAAAGCGUCUUCCACAUGCGAAGUGGUUCUCAACGAUGUCCAGGCGUGCAUGCACGUCGCAAUCAUGACUCUAAAGAAUGCGGACAAGAUUCAGGGUUUUUUUUACAUUCAGGUCCAUGACAGCUGCGUGCUUGGAGAGGUCGGCGAAGGGUACAAAAUCGCCAUCCGACUCUUGAACGAAGGUCGCAUUGGCAUUGCGGCGCAAAUGCUGGGGCUUGCAAAGGGAGCAUUCGAAAUGGCCAUGACUUACAUGCAUGAUCGGCAGCAGUUCGGCAAGCGCAUCGCCGAUUUCCAGGGAGUUCGAUUUGAAUAUGCCAAGCUUGCCACGGAGAUCGAAGCUGCGGCGCUCCUCACCUACAACGCGGCGCUGCUGAGGGAGGCUGGCGAGCCUUUUGCGAAGCAGGCGGCGAUGGCCAAGCUGAAGGCUUCUCAAGUUGCUCAGAGCGUCACGGGUGCAUGCAUCGAUUUCGUCGGCGGAAACGGAUUCACGAAGGAAUUUGGCCUCGCGAAACUCUUCCGGGACAGCAAAAUUGGGACGAUCUACGAAGGCACCUCCAACAUGCAGCUGGAGACCAUCGCAAAGGUUCUCCAAAGAGAGUUCUCAGGCGUUGCCUGA